UUUAACUUUGAAAUUGAGACUGACUUUACUAUAUUUGAUGUUUAAGAGGAAAACACAUUAACAAAGUAAUUCUAACAUGUUUGUUGUCCUCUAAUGGUGUCAGAUGGAAACAGUGCUAAUGCGAUGGAGAGCUGGGGUGAUGGCAGCCGCUGCCUGAAACUGAAGGGUCAGAUGAGAUUCAUGCCAGAGUGGGAAUCCAUCAUCUUCCUGGGCACUCCAGUGUAAGACACAAAACACGCACAUUAAACAGCGCGGCUGAGUUUCUGUUCAUUUUGUGAAUGCAUAAUAAUUACAGUGUGGUUGUUUGUGUGUUGUCUUCGCAGCAUGGAGAGUUUAAGUGUCAUGUUUAAGACAGGUCUGUACAUCAAUGACCUGAGCAUGCAUGACUCGAGCAGAGAUCUGGUGCUGGCAGGAACUCAGCAGUCUGAAGAGCUCCAGAGGGCCCUCAUACAGGAACAAAAGAAAUCCAGUAAACUGGAGGAAAGCAUGAAAAUGUUGGACUACGAGAUGAAAAAGACGGAUGAUCUUCUGUACAGAAUGAUUCCCAAGCCUGUUGCUAAGCGACUGCGGAAGGGGGAACCAGCUGUGAACACCUGUGAGGUGUUUCCUGAUGUGACCAUCCUGUUCAGUGAUGUGGUGGGCUUCACUCAUAUCUGCAGUCACAUCACACCCAUGCAGGUGGUCCCUAUGCUCAACACCAUGUACACGCUCUUCGACACGCUCAGUGAGAAACACAGAGUGUUUAAGGUGAUGCCUACAUGGUGGUGGCAGGCGCUCCAGAAAAGACCAAGUUUCACGCUCAUAAUAUCUGUGACAUGGCUCUAG